ACCGACGACGACGGACGGCAACUUCGGCGCUGCGAAACGAGAGGGCGUUUCCGUCGGCGGAACCCCGAGGAACACGUGGGUGUUUUCCAUCCUCCUCCCACGAGAAAAGAGAGAAGAGCGUAACUCUCUCCUUUCGUUUCGAAAAUGAUGCCACCAUGCCGCCGCUGCUGUGUUGCUGUCGUCGUCUCUCUGAUUUGAAUCGGGGACUGCCGUCGUCUAUGUUUCCUCGUGGGGACGUGCCGCUGAAACUGGACCAAAGCAUCCGCCACGUCCGAGAACUACGACGCAGCUAGGAGAAAAAAGAAACGAACAAACAGGAACGAUCGUCAAGAAGCACCCACGAAAACCAGCAGCAUGUUUCAAACGGGGCUCCUCAUCCUGACUUCAUCCCCGCGACUCUUGACCUCCAACGUGGGUGCCUACCUCAAGGCCGCCAAGAGCAUCGUCAAUAAGACACUAUACAUCAAGCUGGAGCCCAACAGGCACCAGCUCUGGCCCAUUCAACAGCCCGUGUUCACGCCGCACGAGCUGUCCCAACUCCGCAAGCUCAUCCCGGACAUCUACUUCAAGGCGGCCGGUCUGUGCGCUCACUUGGACGUGCGCGUUCUCCAGGGUUGCUUCAAAGACGCGGCCCUGAAGGAAACCCACCUCAAGUCAGCCUUCGAUGUGGUGCUUACGGACGGCAGCCAUGCCUCGUCCGACUUGGAGCAGUACGUGGGCCAUCAGUUCGACAAGACGUGCUCCAACUUCCAGCAUCUGGGGGGCAAGCUGAACCUCCUUCCGGACAAGGGCGAAGAAGCGACAGCUGGCUUUAUGAACGGCUUCAGCCAUGGCAGUAACGGCAUCUCGACAGACGCUGCCUCGUUUCAAAUCUACGAAAGUGUUUGUCUGGGGGGAACGUUCGAUCGACUACACCUGGGUCACAAAGUGUUGCUCUCGGAAGCCGUGCUACACGCGUCGGGCAAGUUGGUCGUUGGAGUUACUGAUGGAGACAUGCUGAAAGGCAAGUUAUUAUGGGAGUUGAUAGAGCCGCUGAAUGUGCGCAUUCAAGCCCUAUUAGAAUUCCUCCAAGAAGUAGACCCCACAGUCCACUAUGACGUGGUGCCCAUCUAUGACCCUUACGGACCUACCAUCGUGGACCGAAAGCUCGAGUGCCUCUACGUCAGCGAGGAGACAAUGAAAGGAGGAAGGAAAGUCAACGAGGAACGGGCAAAACGAGGCAUGCCGCCAAUGGUGAUUCGCUCCGUGGGCCUAGCUGAGGACGUCUGUCGGAACAGGCACGAGGAUUUCAAAGUUAGCUCUUCUUCGCUCAGGCGGAGGCUCUUGGGCAGUGUUAUCAGUCCACCUGAGCCGAAGCCGCACCUGGCGAGCCGGCCGUACACCAUCGGCCUCACGGGGGGCAUCUGCUCGGGCAAGAGCCACAUCGGUGACGCUCUGGAGCGCUUGGGGGCCGCCGUCAUCAACAGCGACAAGUUGGGCCACGAGACGUACCGUCCGGGCACCCGCGCCCACGCCAGGAUUGUGGAGGCCUUCGGCGCCGGGGUGCUCAGCACGGAUGGCAGCAUCAACCGGAAGCAGCUCGCUGCGUACGUCUUCGGCGACGAGGCAAAGAGGCUGCUGCUGAACAGCAUUGUGUGGCCAGAGGUGGAGCUCUUGGUCGAGCAAAAGCUGGAGGAACAUUCGCGAAAUGGUGUCAAGGUUGUGGUUCUGGAGGCUGCCCUACUUUUGGAAGCUGGCUGGGAUCACAAGUGCCACCAAGUCUGGCUGAGCAUCAUUCCAGAGAAAGAAGCAAUAAAACGGCUCAUGGCUCGGGACGGCCUGAACGAGGAGCAGUCGCUUCGACGUAUCCGGUCCCAGAAACCCAACAAAGAACAAGUGGCCAUGGCCAACGUCGUCUUCAGCUCCCUCUGGGAGUACGACGUCACAGAGCAGCAGGUAGCAAAAGCGUGGAACGAGCUCCAGCUGUACCUCGGAGACAAGCCACCACCCUCUUACACUGUUGCCUCGUAGAAGGGGGGUACCACUAUGUUGUUUUGUAAUCGUUGCAAGAGGUAUAUUCCAUGGGCGUCACUGGUUGGAGAGAAUCAUAUAGUAGAAAUCGUAUUUUUGUCCAAGCCUCGCUUGGGCACAAGGCAGGGCAUGCCGCAGUUCUGUGAUACUAACUAGGAAUUCAUUGCAUAGUUUUAAGCCAUUAACAGCUUCCUGCUAUGGUGCAGCAUACUCGGAAUGGUUACAAACGUAUUUAUGGUCGUGGGUGAUUGUUAAGCACCUUGCCUCCUGUUCGUGUUGCGCGUCUCUUUAAACUAGGUUAAUGCUCGUUAGUUCUCUUGAGCAGUUACACCUGAAUGUAACAAAAAAAGCUUUGAGCUAUGCACUUCAUUCCAGCGCUCGGUAUUCUACAAUGCAUCUUAUAUUUUGUUUAAUGAAGUUGUCAGAGGUCUAUAAUGUAGCACAUUUCCAGUGUGGAAUAAAUCUUAUUGGUGCUGUUCUUCAUGAA